UCAUGCCUUGUUCUGGGCUAUAUAUAGCCAGCUGCUUGUACAAUCCUUUAAAGUGAAUAAAUAACCAUCUUGAAUACCUAGCUAGCUAGAGAAUUAAGUUGCUCACCAAGCAUCUGUCAAUCAUCAUUUCACUCAUGAAUCCAACACACUCACCAAUACUUCAAGCUCUUAAAGAUGCUGAUCUUAUGAAGAAUGAUCUGCUGGAACAAUUUGUUCAGAACAAUCUCACCGAAGAAGUCAAGAAUUUGCUAUCUGCCUUACCAAAACAAAAUGGAUGGAUGAUUUCAGAUCAUCUUUAUCAAUACCAAAACGUUUGGUACCCUGCUAUACAUUUACAAGCUUUGUUGAGCAUCCAAAGAAACUUCCAAGCUCUUGAUACUGAUCUUGUGAUUGCUACAAACCCGAAAUGUGGCACCACUUGGUUAAAGGCAUUGGCCUUCGCUAUUGUCAACCGGUUCCGUUUUGAUAAUCCCAGUUCGAAACAAGACCACCCUCUUCUUACAAAUAAUCCUCACAUACUCGUUCCUUUUUUGGAGAAUUUUUACAUGAUUGAUCAACAUCCGGAUCUAACUUGUUUAUCUGUUAAUGCUGCAGCCCGGCUUUUAUCUACUCAUAUUCCUCAAGCGGCGUUGCCUGAUUCCAUUAAAAAUUCUAAGUGUAAGCUAGUAUAUCUUUGUAGAGAUCCAAAAGAUACUCUCGUUUCAUUCUGGCAUUUCAGUAACAAAAUGAGACCCAAGAAUAUGGCGCAUAGUUCAAUAGAAGAAGUUUUUGAGAAGUUUUGUGAAGGUGCUGUUGAAUUCGGACCCUUUUGGGAACAUGUUUUAGGGUAUUGGAAAAUGAGUUUGGAGAGUCCUGAAAGGGUUUGCUUCUUAAAGUAUGAGGAGAUGAAAAAAGAACCAAAAACUCAUUUGAUAAAGCUAGCAAAGUUUUUGGGUUCCCAAUUUUCAGUUGAUGAAGAAAAUGAUGGAGUACCUGAGGAAAUAUUGAAGUUGUGUAGUUUUGGUAACUUGAGCAACUUAGAAGUGAACAAGACUGGGAAGAUGCCGAUAGCAGGGUAUGAACUUAGUGUAUAUUUCCGUCGGGGUGAAGUUGGAGACCAUCUGAAUCAUUUAACUCCUGAAAUGAUAGAGCGCAUAGAUAAGAUCACCGAAGAAAAGUUUCUUGAUUCGGGUUUGAAGUUUUAAGUUUGUGUUGGCUGAUUAAUUGAAUUAUUUGCAACUAUGUAUGCAUGUGGUUCAGGUUCUUGAAAUUAUUUUUCCUGUUGUAAUGUAUCUCUGCAUUGAUCGGUUU